CAUAAUUGGCAUGGCCGCGGAAUCUCCCCCUGACUGCGCUCUGGUAGGCAGACUUGAGCUGGGGAUUGCCUAAGUUGUGUCUGGGGUGAAAGUGGCGCUCUGGAGUUUCUUUGAAGAUCAUUUUAUUGCAGCGAGAUAGGCUGUCCAGGAAAGUUCUCCAUGAAUGUACGUCACAAUGAUGAUGACAGACCAGAUUCCGCUGGACCUGCCACCACCACUAUUGAACGGGGAGGUGACCAUGAUGCCUCACAUGAUUAAUGUUAAUGGGGAUGGAUCACAACAGGUGAUCCUCGUGCAAGUCAACCCUGGAGAGACCUUCACCAUUAGAGCAGAGGACGGUUCUCUUCAAUGCAUUCAAGGGCCUGCAGAAGUUCCAAUGAUGUCACCCAAUGGAUCCAUCCCACCCAUCCAUGUGCCUCCCGGCUACAUCUCCCAGGUGCUGGAAGACAACACAGGGGUCCGGAGAGUGGUGGUCACCCCUCAGUCUCCAGAAUGUUAUCCUCCCAGCUUUUCCCCAGCCAUCUCUCCCACACAUCACUUACCUCCGUAUAUGGCUCCCCCACCCUUUAUCCCUAACUCACACACAGCCUUCUACCCACCCAUCAGCCCUGGGGACAUUCCACCCCAUCAGUACUACCAGCAUCACAUCCCACCAAUGUACAAUGAAGAGAUAAUUCCCUUGUAUGGGAUGAACUACAUUGGGCGGGAUGAGCAGUACAAACCAGCACCGAAAAAGAUGAAGGACAGAUUGGAGCGGCAGAAUCGUCUCAACAGCCCUCCUGCCAUCUAUAAGAGCAACAUGGGCUGCAACAAUUUGUACAAUGGCUACGGCAAGAUCCAUGGAAGUGUUGGAGGUGGUGGAGGGGGAAGCAGUCCAGGAGCUAAAAAAACAGUUCGUGGACCUCGGAGUAGCCCCAGGUCCAGUGAGCCAGACUUACAGGAUCAUGAUUCAGAAGCGAAGAGAGUUCAAGAUAUUCUGUCAGGAAUGGAAAAACCACAGGUUUUUAAUAUUCAGGCCCGGACAGCCAGGCUGACUUGGGCUCCACCAGCAGGCCUCCAGAACAGAGACCGACACAGUAACGGACAUCCCUUCACCUGCAGCUAUGAGGUCACUCUCUCAGACAAGGGCCGGAAUGGCCAGUACCGCAUCAUCUAUAGUGGAGAGGAGUUGGAAUGCAAUUUAAAAGAUCUUCGACCAGCAACAGAUUACCAUGUCAGAGUGUACGCCAUGUGCAAUUCAGUGAAAGGCUUGUGUUCAGAAGUGGGGGCCUUCACUACCCACAGCAGUUCCCCAGACUGCCUGCUGCCCCCUAAACUAUCCCAUCGCACGAAGAGCACGCUCACACUGCAGUGGAAGGCACCAGUCGAUAAUGGAUCAAAAAUCACCAGUUACCUUUUAGAGUGGGACGAGGGCAAAAAGAACAAAGUUUUCAGAGAAUGUUACUUUGGAAGCCAAAGGCACUACAAACUCACUCGCCUGUGUCCAGCCAUGGCCUACACGUUUCGGGUGGCGGCACUCAAUGACAUCGGAAUGAGUGGCUUUAGUCCUGAGGUGGUGUUCUACACGACUGGAAGUCUGCCCCACCUGCCCCACGCUCCUCGGCUGGUGCGUGCUGGCAUCACAUGGAUCACGCUGGAGUGGAGCCGGCCGGAUGGCUGCACCGCUGAGGAAACAGUCACAUACACGCUGGAGAUCCAGGAGGAGAACAUUGGAACAGAGUUUUACCCAAAGUACACUGGAGAAAACUUGACAUGUACUGUAGAGGGUCUGAAGAGAAGCACACAGUAUAAAUUCAGGCUUAUAGCCUCUAACUUGGAGGGCAGGAGCAGUGCCAGUGAAGUGCUGGUUUGUAAAACCAGUCCAGACAAACCCGGACCCCCCUCUAGACCCUGCAUCAAAGGCCCUAUUAGACCAUACAGCUUCAGUGUCAAAUGGGAUCCUCCACAAGACAAUGGAGGUUCAGAAAUCUUAAAAUACCUCUUGGAGAUUUCAGAAGGAAAUUCUGAUGGUAUGAAUUUAUCCAACCAGUGGGACAUUGCAUACAGUGGCCCUGCCACAGAGUGUGAGUGUGAGAACUUGAAACCUGGCACUUUGUACAGUCUGCGCACCUGCAGCAUCACCACAGGCGGCCACAGUCAGUGCUCGGAGAGUCUGCCCGUGCGUACACUGUCUGUAGCUCCAGGGCGAUGCCAGCCUCCCAGGACUGUGGGUAAAGCUAAACACAAAGAAGUGCACUUACAAUGGGACUGUCCCUCUUCUGAGGGGGCAUGUGAGGUGAGUGCAUACAGUUUGGAAAUGAGGGAGGGUGAGUCAGAGCCAGCUGAGGUCUAUCAAGGCUCUGAUCUGGAGUGCACUGUGGGCAGUCUGCUCCCUGGAGCCACCUACAGCUUCCGUGUUCGUGCUGCCAAUGAAGCAGGGUACGGACAAUUCUCUGAACCAACAGAAGUAACAACUGCAGCUGGUCCUCCCAGCCAAUGUGCGGCGCCAUCUCUCACUUUGAUGUCAAAUACUUGUGUGCUGGUCAGCUGGGAGAGUCCAGAGAUUUCUGGAGCCGACAUCUCUGAGUACCGUCUGGAGUGGGGCAGAGAGGAGGAGCCCGUGAGACUGAUCUACAGUGGCCCUGAUACACAGUGUGAGAUCUCAGGCCUCACACCAGCCACUCAUUACUACUGCAGACUACAGGCGGCAAAUCAGGCAGGUGCAGGCCCAUACAGUGAGCAGGUGUGCUGUCAAACCCCCGCCUCCGUGCCCGACCCAGUCUCAGUAUUCUAUGUACUUGAGCACGACCCCACAGACAGUGGUGUUUACUCUCCUUCCACGUGCCUGGCUUUGAAAUGGGAUGAACCCUGCAGCAAUGGAGCAGAGAUCACCUCUUACAUUCUCAAACUGGGAGAGGAACUCAUCAGCCUGGGAAAGAGCACCUGCCAUCUGCUGCAGAACCUACAGCUUGACAGUGACUACAGUCUGCAGAUUCAGGCAGUGAAUGAGAUCGGUGCUAGUCCCCUGUGCUCUCCCCUGCUGGCCCGCACCCGGCCGCUGCCCCCUGUCCCUCCCAGACUGGAGUGCACUGCUGCUGGACCCCAAAGCCUCAAACUGAAAUGGGGAGACAACAGCAAUGCCAGGAGCCUACUUGGAGAUGAGAUGAUCUACAACCUGCAGAUGGAGGACAAGAACAGAAGGUUUGUCACAAUCUACAGAGGCCCAAGCCACACAUAUAAGGUACAGAGACUAAGUGAAUCAAGCAGCUACUGUAUCAGGAUUCAAGCUGUGAGCGAGGCAGGAGAGGGCCCUUUCUCUGAAGUACACACUUUCCAUACCACCAAGUCUGUCCCUCCAGCACUCAAGGCCCCCAAAGUGGUACAGUUGGAAGGGAAUGUUUGUGAGGUCAGUUGGGAGAGCAUUCCACCAAUGAGAGGAGACCCCAUUAGCUACAUCCUACAGGUGCUGGUGGCCAGAGAGUCUGAAUACAAACAGUUGUAUAAGGGAGAGGACACCACCUUCCAGAUCUCGGGUCUGCAGAAUAACACAGACUAUCGGUUCCGCGUUUACGUGUGCCGCCGUUGCCAUGGCAGCACUCAGGAGCUGUGUGGACCCCUCAGCCCAUCUUCGCACUUCACACUGCGGCGUACAGAGCUCGCCGUACCCGGAGAUCUCAGCUCCACGGAGAUGAGCAAACCCACCGGCAUGUUUGCCACUGAUGAACGCUUUGCGGCAGUCUUAGUCGGGGCUUUUGCAGCCCUUUCCUUCCUCAUCGCUUUUGUAGUGGAAAUCUUCUUCAUGAAGUGAGAUAUUAAUAAAUAAAUAAAAUGAGAAACAUCAGCCAGCCAGCCAAGAAAGAAAACGUUUACGUUUGAGUUGCACACACAAACACUAAGCUAUACGGUAUAUCUGAUGCAACGUACUGUAGUCUGAGUAUGUAUACAGGCUCUCUUUCUUGACUUUUGGUCUAUAUUUUAUACUCUCUCUCAAUUUCUCUGCCUUUACAAUGCCUUCUCCAUGCUGCCUGUGCAAUCGCAGUUUCACACACUCUUUUACAGUGUGUGGAGUUUUCUUGGUGGAAGCCUGAACUCUUUGGUGCACAUUGGGGAAGCAAAAUCACAUUAUCGAGCCUUACAAAGAUUUGCGCGAUAGCCUGUUUUGCAUGCUUACAUUGUAUAUUGAUAUUGAAUCCCUUUAAGUGUACGUAAAUGUUUGAAGGAAAAUGUGUUUGUAUUUUCUCCACAUUCAUGGCCUUUCUUUGUAUCCAAGUGUGUUCAUGGCAUUUAUUUCACAGCCAUGUACAAGUUGUUGGAAUCAUAGCUUUAUCAUGAUACAUGUGGUGAUAUCCUGAUAUUUAGUACAACAGCAUGAUUGCUAGUGCGCUAUUGCUGUUAUACAACUGUUCUAUAAACAAAGUAAUAAUAUAGAGUAACUUGCAUUUGAGACACAACAUGGCCUGUUAAUAUGGUUUGUCUAUAUUAACAAACAGUGAAGUGUCCCUGUUAUACUAAAUAUCAGCACCCUUGGAGCGUCGCUUGUCCAAUCAGAUUCGAGGACUGGAACUAAUUGUUGUAUAAAUAGUAACAUCCCUCAAUCAGAUUUCAUUCAGUCCACUUUUUAUAUAAUAAUGUGAUAUUCACAUUUAUUGUACUUCACAGUACACAUAAACACAAUAGAUACACUUAAAACUGUCUAUCGUACUAAGGCUGGUGUAAAGCCCCCUUAAGCAUUAAGCUGCCAAAGCAAAUUGCAAUCCAAGUGUGGUUUAAGUGAUGCUGCUAUUGUUUGUAUGUUUUUCCUAAGAACGGAAUCAGUUACCUAAUAUAUAGAUAUAAAUAUAAAUCUAUAAGAUUCUAUGGAGGUAUUGUAAUAUAAAAUAGCAAUGAGUUUGAAGUAGAUAUCUCUUUUGGAGUGUGUUAGCUCACAAUAAAUGGUGCUUUGUAAAUCUGUAGUCAGUGAUGGUGGCGAUUGAGUAUAAGGGAGUUUGAUGUGUCCUUUGCCACUACACACCCUUCCAGUAAAGAGAAUGGGUCACUUUUUGGAUGCUGUAUAAUCUCGACCCUGACUGACCAUUUAGUCUUGGGGUGUCUGUCCUAUUGUGUAAGCUGCAUGCUUGAGCAUGUCACACAGGGCUAAUUCCUUGCCUUCCUGCCCCCUCAAUGACGUGGCUAGGCUAAUGUCACCUUCUUAGUAGACUGAUUCUUGGGCUCUGUAUGGUGUCUAGAUCCAGGGACUGGCUGAUGGCAGGAGUCACAAUAGCCAAUGUGUACAGUAGCUCUGAAACCGACAUUGCCUGCUUUUCUGAUCUUCACUCUGUGAAUUGUGUUCGUAACAUUUCGCCUCACAACUUCACCCUCUAUUUUUUAUAUGUAUUGCCCUACAAAGACAAAUGCAGCAACUGCAUUAGCACAGAAAUUGAGAACAAUUGCUUCAAAGUUACUUGCUUUUAGUGUUGAUUGUACAGUUUAUAGAUAAUUUUCUCACAUUAUUUUGUCUGAAUCUGAGCAUAGUUGAGCCAAAUCUGUUUGUCACAGGACAGAUCACCGUCUAAGAGGCCAUUCUGACUGAACACAUUCUUGCGCUAAAGGAGCUAGAUGUGACGCAGAGGCCCAUUGUUAAAAGUUCUUUUUGACUUAAUUCAACAUCUAAACACAGCACUACUGCGUGAGACCCUAAAAAAACUUUUUUAAAAGAGCCACGCCACAAUGGUAAAAAAUGUCCAUCCAAUGGAUUUUUACUUUGAAAUGAAUGAAAAAACAGCACAUAUGGAUCUAAAAAUGUGUUCUGUGUUGGCGGCUAAGGCCACAUUUACACUAUCAACCUAUUCUGAUGUUUUGUUUGCGGAUAUCUGGGAUAUGCAAGUAUAGGUCUCUACAGAACAAAAAUGGGUGUUUUCCAAUCUGUGGGCAUUUUCAAACCGGGAUGGGCUUUUCUAAACUAUCCAAUGAAGGUUAGGAAUCUCUAUGGUUUGAAAAUGGCCACUGAUUGGGAAAAGCUCAUUUUUGUUCUGCAGAGAUAAAAGUCUCGGGACAUUUGCAAAAUCAGAUCUCGUCGCAUGUGUGUAAACAGCAAAACAAAACACAUAUUUGGAAGACUUUUAUAUGUGGUUCUAAAUCUGAUACAUAUCCGAACAUCUAAACACUUAUAUCCGAUUCUCCUCAUAUUUUUUGGCAUUAAUAUCCGUUUUAAUGGAAGUAUUUUUUUAUACAGUAUAUGUGCAUAUCUUACAAAGUGAUACUGGAGCUACAAGAUGUUAGCCAAUUUUUAAAUUUCAAGCAUGCGUUUUGCAAAGAGGAGAUGUAAGAGACCUAAUUUUGGUUAUACUAUAGCUCGGUUUUGGGAUGGAAAAAAAAAAAGAAAAGUGUAGUUACUGCAUUUUGCCUUUGCAGGGCAGUAUGGCCCUACAUGUAUUGAAUGUUUCAGCUUUUUUUAAUCCAUGAAAAGCCAGUUGGAAAUUUCUAAGGUGCUUUAUCAACAUCAUUGUCAAUGCAGCAGUGAACUCCUCCGCCCGCUGCGCCUUUUAACGAUGACUGAUGUUCAUGCCAAAACAGCCUGAUGUGCUUGCAGUGCAUCUUUAGCCAACUAAAGGUACAAACCAGCAGAUCCCAUUGAUCCAAAGAGUUUCUCGAACAUUACACUUGCAGAGCAGUUUGGAAAUGUUGUCAAAGGAGAAAAAAAAAGGGGGGUUUGAGGCAGGGUGUGGCCAACAACAUUCUACAAGCCACGUCCCUCUUCCCCUGACUGACAACCUGUAUUGUACCUCAGGGACAUGGACUUUUCAGAGGUGAAAAAGUAAAUAUCGCGUUUCUGAGAGGGUGCUGCGAACACCAUACUUUACAGAAUGAUAAUGAUAUUGCUGUCAUCACUAUGGUAGCAUCAUUCCUUUGUCUGCCUCUGCAGUUUUUCUGCGUAUUUCAUCCGUUUUCUCGCCUAAGCUGUGCCUUGCUACAGUUGUCCGUUAGCAGAAUCGUGUACUAGCUCUCAGUAUAUCUUUGCCAAAGUUAAUGGGAAAGUACGGUAUCAUUCUUUUUAGGGUUAUUUAUAUACUAUCUGUUGUAUACAGUACUUUAAAUGGCAAUUAAAGUGCAAUCUUCUUUUAUUUAUUUUUCAUGAAAUUAAGAGAUGUAGUUAUGUACUAAUUUUUUUCUCUCUUGUAGCAUGUUUCUUUUUUUUUUUUUUUUUUUUUAUGUGUUGUAGAUGAACUAUUAAGGCCAGCAUUCCUUUCAUUCAUAAUUCUGAUUGUUUUCUGUUAUUAAUUUGGAACAGGUAGCAUUUACCAUGCUGAAUCAUUUAUAUAUAACCAAAUGCCUGUACAUUUCCUGUCAGAAAGUGCCGCUCCAGCUAGUUGUCUUUUCAUUGAGAACUGUAGCAAAUGUAACCUUUUUUUAUUAUUUGUGAGUGUGUAAUGGGACAUACAGUACAUAGCUACAAUUGGCAUUGCUAAAGAGUGUAAUGAAGCUUAUGUAAUCUUACUGUUUGCCAAAGCAGAGGCUUGUCCAAUUUAAUUUGCUUUUUGUUUGUUUAUUUAAAGGGUUACAUGAUAAAUCCUUUGACACUAAAAAAAAUUUCUUGAUAAGGAAAAACAUACAUUUGGGUCAAACUAAAUCUGUGAUUACACUUUCUUUUUAUAGUGAAAGUUGUGCCAUUAUUUGAGUAAUCUUUCUGAGGUGAAAUUUUACAUGAUAUUUCACAAUGAAAAGAAAAGCAAUCAAACUGUUUUGAGGCAAAUUACAUGUCUCAUUUUCCUUUCUUUUUUUUUUUUUUUCUCAGACAUGACAUGGCGCAAUAGUGAACUUAUUCCAGUAUUUUUGCUAUGGAAUUAUAUAUAAAGAUAUAGUCUGACAGCUAACAGAAAUGAAGCACUUUUUUAGCAAAAUUGUAAUCUUUAUUAGAUUUAUCUUGAUGAAACUGUAUUUUCUAGUCAAUGUUGCUAUUGUUUUCAAAUUAAGAGUACCAUGCAGUAAGAAUUGUCAUAUAUAUUAAAAAAAACUGUCCCACAAAAGUUUGAUCAUAUUAAGUGAAAAGUCUGAAAGUCCACUAGUGUUGCUGUAUUGUUGGUUAUUUUCAUUUUUUUCUUUUUUGUGGCAUAUCCCAAUAAUACUUAUUAUGCUAAAACAAAAUCACCAACAGUACAGGAACACCAUUGAGUGCUGGAAAAGCUCCCGACUCCUGACAAGUGAGUGCUGGAAAUAUGACUUGUGUUUUUUUUUUGUUCUUUUUUUUUUCUCUCUCUCUCUCUCGCUCUCGCUCUCGCUCUCGCUCGCUGGUCUUUGUACAAUUUUAAAAAAAGAAAGAAAAACACAUGUUUAAAGUACAGCUUUGUAUUUUAUUCUGUUUUAUCUCUGUUUUAUUUGUGCUCUAUUUUAAAUAUGAAAAUGCAUUUGAAAAUGAUGGUUUGAAGAUUGAUCAACUCUCAGAGUCCUCCCAAGAAAAAUUUAUAGAAAUCGUAAGUAUAUUCCAACUAUUUUCCAAAAAGUCCUCAGUUUAAAAAGAAAGAAUUAUAUAUAUGUAUAUAUAGAUAUAUACAUAUU